AUGAGGAUGGUAAUGAGUGACUCCAACUUUACCCCAGAAAACCUCGCUGUUCAGUUCAACCUCCAGCUUUUCGCGACCUAUGUUAUCCUGAGUGGCAUUGUUGCUUGGAUAUACGAUUUCAUACUCACAUUCACCGUCGAGUCAUAUUUGUCUCGCCAUAAGAAUCUCUGGCAGUAUCAUUGGGUCGACUUCCUUGUGCCGUUAUUCCUGACAGCGAUAGUCUUCCUUAUGCUGGCCUUCGACUCCCUUAUCUUCGUCUUGACGUCUAUCAAGACGGUGCAGCAAGCCCGAGAGAUGCGCCAUUUCAGGCAGCAGAGCAUCACGCACCUUCUUGUUCGUGAUGGCACAGGAUACUUUGUCGGCGUUGCAGUUGCUGUCCCUCAAGUAUUUGAAGCGUCCGACCCUGGUGAAUCGGUAGCAGCCGCAGCAAACCAUUUCCUAUUCCUCAUGGCCCCGUUCUUUGACGUCUUUAUACCAAACAUGCUUGUGAGCAGGCUGUAUCUUAACCUCAAGGCCUACGAUGGAACACGGCUCCCAAGCCACGCAAGACACGGGCUCUUUACAGAGUGGUCCAGUGAAAGUAGAGUGCUUGGAAAUAUUGGAGCUCCUCUCCAUUUUCCAGGCACGGAUGAGGAUGAUAUAGACGCCGAUGGUAGUGAGGGAUAA